AUGGGUAUUUCUUAUUCAAGGAAAACAGCUGCAACCAAUGUGCAUAGCAAAAGGGGUUGUACAAUUGAUGAUGAUGAGAUUGAUAGAUCACAAAUUAUACAUCAUGUAUUAAGAUGUUUAUGGGAAAGUAAUUUUAAGGCUCCCGUACCGAAAAUUGAAAAUGCUAAAAUUCUGGAUAUUGGCUGCCGUUCAGGGACUUGGGCUUUUGACAUGGUUUCCGAUUUUCCAAAUUGUCAUGUCACAGGAAUUGAAAUUGCUCCAGUAAUGUUCACCCAAACACCAAGAAAUGUACGUUUAAUUAGUGUCGAAAGUUUCGAUCAAGGAUUCCCUUUUGAAGAUAAUUCAUUUGAUUUUAUACACAUGAGAUUUUGUUGGGUAUAUUUUACCCAUGAUCAAUGGAGGAAUACGGUACUUGAUGAAUUAGGAAGAAUUCUUAAGCCUGGUGGAUGGUUAGAGAUUGUAGAUUUCACGGUUGGUGGAGUGAACAUGGGGCCAAUGACAAUCAAAUUAGUACAAAAUGUGAUAACGGAAUUCACAUCUCGAGGCACGGAUCCCUUCUUAGAUUCUCACCUCUUAGAUUUAUUAAAAUCUCAUCCAAAAUUCACAUCAGAAAGUCAUCAAAUUAAAAAUGUACCGUGUGGUGAUUGGGGUGGUAACAUUGGUAUUGAUUAUGCUAGAUAUAUUAGGUUAUCCAUUUAUAAAUCUAUGGAAGCAAUGCCGUCUAAAGCACGAAAAUUUAAAGAAAAUAUGGAUAAUAUUUUUUUAGAAAUUCAGAAAUAUCAUUCGUCUUCGAUAACCAAUAGAUUUAUUGCGCAGAAGAAAGUUGAACCUCCACUUUCUCCUCCUCCUCCAAUCGUUGGUGAUACGAAUCCUAAAAAAUAUCAAUUGUAUUGGAAAGGAGAUGAAUCUUUUGAUUAUUGGUUAGAGUCAUCGUAUCCCAUGAUUUUUGAUACAAAUUGUAACGAUAGUAGCAAUACCAAUCCAAUAUCAAUAUCGAGAAUUGAUAUUAUUGGGGAAACUCGAAUUUUAAAUAAUAAUUCGUGGAAAAAUUCUAAUAUUACAUUUAUUACCUACGAAAAUAAAAAUAAUAUUGCCACCGAAAUAAAUAAUUCAUUUGAUGUGGUAGCCUAUGUGAAAGGAAGUAUUGAUCAUGGAUUUAUGUUUUACGAAAAUGAUGAUGAAAGUGGAAAAUUAUUUGUUAAGACCAAUCAGACUGGUUUUGGAUGGAAGUUGAAAAAUCAAAGGUAA